AUGGCGCAGCAGAGUCCCCUUUCGUCCACGUUGGACCGCAUAGUCCACGAACUACGCUCGAAGAAUGACGAGACACGACAGCGAGCAGCAAACACGCUGCGGCAGACAGUCGAGUCGGCGCACCGAGAACUCGCGCCCAAUCUCUUUACCAAUUUCAACAACGAAGUUUACACCAGAAUCUCGGGCCUUAUUGUCACCGGCAGCGACUCGAACGAACGCAUCGGCGGCAUCCACGCGCUAAACGCCCUCAUCGAUUUCCGCGGCGACGAUGCGGGCCAGAAGACGACGCGGUUUGCCUCGUACCUGAGGGCGGUGAUGCGGGGGCAGGACAUUACAGCCAUGGUGGUAGCAGCCAAGGCUCUCGGACGCCUCGCAAAACCCGGUGGCACCCUCACAGCAGAGCUUGUCGAGGCAGAAGUCAAGGGUGCCCUCGAGUGGCUGCAGUUGGAACGCCUGGAGAAUCGGCGCUUCGCUGCUGUCCUCAUCCUGCGCGAGCUGGCUAAAAACUCGCCGACCCUCAUGUACCAAUGGAUUGCACAGAUUUUCGAGGUUAUCUGGGUGGCCCUACGCGACCCCAAGGUUCUCAUCAGAGAGUCUGCGGCCGAGGCCAUCAGUGCCUGCUUCGAGAUCAUAUCCCCGCGUGACUCGCAGAUGCGACAACUUUGGUUCGGCAAGGUCUAUGACGAAAUUCUGCGUGGCUUCACAAUCAACACCAACGAGGCCAUCCACGGUUCGCUGCUCACUAUGAAGGAGCUGCUUGACAAGAGUGCCAUGUUCAUGAACGACCAAAAAUACAAGGAGACGGUUGAGCAGGUGCUCAAGUACAGGGAGCAUCGUGAUGCUCUGGUGCGGAGGGAGGUGGUGCUCAUUAUCCCUAUUCUUGCUGCUUAUUCGCCUACCGAGUUUGCGACAAAGUACCUCCAUCAGUGCAUGCUCCACCUCCAAGGUCUGAUUAGGAAGGAUCGCGAUAGGGAUAAGGCAUUUGUAGCUAUUGGACAAAUUGCAAACGCCGUCGGAGUCGCCAUCUCACCGUACUUGGAAGGCAUUCUGGGUUUCAUCCAGGAAGGCCUCAUUGCAAAGGCACGGAACAAAAGCGUCAUAAAUGAAGCGCCGAUAUUCCAGUGUCUCAGUAUGAUUGCUGCGGCGGUCGGUCAGGCUCUUACCAAGUCUGUUGAGCGCUUGCUAGAUCCCAUCUUCUCUUGCGGGCUGAGCGAUUCUCUCUUUCAGGCUCUCGUCGACAUGGCUCACUACGUACCACCUUCACGGCCCAUGAUCCAGGAAAAGCUUUUGGAUCUCCUCAGCCAGAUUCUCGCUGGCCGGCACUUUUUACCUCUGGGUAGCCCUUACCAAGUCUCACAACCGCCACAGAUAUGGACACGCGAUCAUAAGGACCCACAGGCGAUUGCCCAAAGAGAAGCAGAGAUUGCAUUAGCACUGCACACACUGGGUAGUUUUGACUUCACAGGACACGUCUUGAACGAGUUUGUUCGCGAUGUUGCUAUUCGAUAUGUCGAAGCGGACAACCCAGAGAUUCGAAAGCGUGCUGCCCUGACCUGCUGUCAACUUUUUGUCAAAGAUCCCAUCGUCCACCAGACUAGCACUCACGCGACAAAAGUGGUUGGCGACAUCAUUGAGAAGCUUCUAACUGUCGGCGUAGGUGAUAUUGACUCAGAUAUCCGGUGGGACGUCCUCGUAGCAUUGGACGCCCGCUUCGAUCGUCACCUUGGUAAAGCUGACAAUGUCCGUACUCUCUUCCUCGCUCUGAACGACGAGGUAUUUGGCAUCCGAGAGGCUGCCAUGUCCAUCAUCGGUCGGUUGACAGCCGUCAAUCCUGCCUAUGUCUUUCCUUCGCUUCGCAAAGUCCUUCUGCAACUACUGACUGAAGUGAAUUACGCCAACAGUCCGCGCAGUAAAGAAGAAAGUGCCAAACUCAUUAGUAGUCUUGUUGGUGCCGCCGACAGUCUUAUCAAGCCACUGAUAGAUCCCAUUGUCGAAGUGUUGCUUCCAAAGUGCAAAGAUCCAAAUCCCGAGGUCGCUUCGACUACACUCAAAGCUAUUGGUGACCUUGCCACAGUCGGUGGCGAAGGAAUGAUCAAAUAUAUCAAAGACCUCAUGCCCGUCAUUCUGGACUUUAUGCAAGAUCAGACAUCGGACGCCAAACGCUUCUCUGCCCUGAAGGCGCUUGGACAACUGGCCACAAACGCUGGAUAUGUGAUUGAACCAUACCGAGAGUACCCGGAGCUUAUGAACAUCCUGAUGAACAUCGCCAAGACCGAACCUGAAGGUGAACUUAGAAGGGAAACCGUUCGGCUCAUGGGUACCCUCGGAGCACUAGAUCCGGAUGAGUACCAGAAAAUCAUGGAGCAAUCACCGGACACCCAUCUCAUAUUGGAAGCGCAAGCCAUCACUGAUGUUUCCCUCAUCAUGCAAGGUAUCACUCCUUCAAACGAAGAGUAUUACCCGACCAUUGUCAUUAGCACGCUCAUGGGACUGCUAAAGGAUCCCUCCCUAGUGCAGUAUCAUACUGCAAUUGUAGAGGCUGUCAUGAACAUUUACGCAACCAUGGGCCUAAAAUGCGUUCCUUUUCUCAACCAAGUCGUGCCUGGCUUCCUCCAUGUCAUCAGGUCGACGCCAGCUGGACGCUCAGAAGGUUACUUCAACCAGCUCAGUCAGCUAGUCCGUAUUGUGCGCCAGCAUAUUCGUCCCUACCUUCCCAGCAUUCUUUCAACCAUCAAAGAGUAUUGGAGCAGCAGUCCACAACUACAAGCCACCAUCUUGUCGCUGAUUGAGGCUAUUGCUCGCUCGCUGGAGGGCGAGUUCAAAGUCUACUUGGCCGAUGUGCUACCACUUAUGCUCAGUGUGCUCGACUCGGACCAGACUGGCAAGCGCCUACCUUCAGAAAGAGUACUACAUGCUUUUCUCAUCUUUGGCUCAAGUGCCGAAGAAUACAUGCAUCUCAUCAUUCCGGUCAUGGUCAAGAUGUUCGAUAAGCCCGGACAGCCUAUUCAGAUCCGAAGGCAUGCAAUUGAAACAUUGGGCCGGCUUUCCAAGCAGGUGAAUGUCUCUGAGUUUGCAGCCCGCAUCAUACAUCCCAUUUGCCGAGUACUUGCUGGCAGUGAGCCCACCCUAAAGCAAACCGCUCUUGAGACACUCUGUGCCCUGAUCUUCCAGCUCGGUCCAGACUACAUUCAUUUUGUGCCGACAGUCAGCAAAAUCUUGGUUGCGCACAAGGUACCUCAUGAGAACUAUGCCCGUAUCGUAUCGAAGCUGCAAAAAGGCGAACCACUGCCGCAGGAUCUUAGCCCAGACGAGCGAUACGGUGAGGAUGACGAAGACUUGAACCCCGCCGAGAUCCUUACCAAGAAGUUGGCAGUCAACCAACAGCAUUUGAAGCAAGCUUGGGAAGCCUCCAACAAGACCACCAAAGAAGAUUGGAUCGAAUGGAUGCGAAGAUUCAGUGUCGAGCUUCUCAGGGAGUCGCCUCAGCAAGCAUUACGUGCCUGCACACCUCUCGGAAGCGUGUACAACCCCAUCGCCAGGACACUGUUCAACUCGGCUUUCGUCUCAUGUUGGACGGAAUUGUACGAUCAAUAUCAGGAAGAACUUGUUCGAUCCAUCGAAACCGCACUCACAUCACCAAACAUCCCACCCGAGAUACUCCAGGUUUUGCUUAAUUUGGCAGAGUUUAUGGAGCACGACGAUAAAGCACUACCAAUCGAUGUCAGGAUACUUGGUAUGUAUGCUGGAAAAUGCCAUGCUUUUGCCAAAGCACUGCACUACAAGGAGCUCGAAUUCAACGCGGAGCAGAAUUCCAGCGCUGUGGAAGCCCUUAUUAGCAUCAACAACCAACUCCAACAGACCGACGCAGCUUUUGGUAUUUUACGUAAGGCACAAAACUACCACGACGUCGAGCUCAAGGAGACUUGGUUCGAGAAAUUGCAGAAAUGGGAUGAGGCACUUGCUGCUUACCAGAGACGUGAGCUUGAAGAGCCCGACUCUUUCGAUGUGACCAUGGGCAAGAUGCGAUGCUUGCACGCUCUGGGCGAGUGGGAUCUUCUUUCCAGUCUGUCCAAGGAGAAGUGGGCCAAUGCUUCGCAGGAGUAUCGCAAGGCGAUAGCACCGCUCGCUGCGACAGCUGCGUGGGGUCUGGGCAAGUUUGCGGACAUGGACAACUACCUUGGCGUCAUGAAGGAGCAGUCGCCUGACCGCGCUUUCUUUGCUUCUAUUCUCAACAUCCACAACAACCGAUUCGAAAUUGCCGUUGAUGAAAUUGCCAAGGCUCGAAAAGGUCUGGACACGGAGCUCAGCUCGCUACUGGGAGAGUCGUACCAGCGAGCUUAUUUGCCAAUGAUUCGUGUGCAGAUGCUUGCGGAGCUUGAGGAAAUCAUGCAAUACAAACAGAACGAGGGCAACCUUGAGAAGCAGAAGAGUAUGCGCAAGACCUGGAUGAAGCGACUUAGGGGAUUGCAGCCAAAUCCAGAAGUCUGGCAGCGUAUGAUCAAGGUGCGCCAGCUUGUCAUCUCACCGCAAGAAGGCACCGACAUGUGGAUCAAAUACACCAAUCUGUGCAGGAAGAGCAACAGAAUGAACCUCGCAAACAAGGCUCUCCAGAAGUUGCUUGAUAUCGAGAGUACUGGCGAUAGCACCGUGGUUGAGUUUGUGCGGAACAAUGCUCACGAGAUCUCACACCCCGUGGCCUACACUACGUACAAGUACAUGUGGGCCGACCAAAACCACAAGCAAGAAGCACUCGACAGCAUGAAGGACUUCACUGCGCGACUUUCUGAAGACCUUGCCAUGAGGAGUAGAGCCGCAGUUAACCCCAUGAUGGCACAAAAUGGCAUGAACGGCAUGUCCAAUGGCCAGCACAUGUUCAGUAACGUGAACCCCUUUGCUGCCACCAAUGGACAUAACGGGGUCAAUGGAAUGCACGGCUCGAGUUUGAUGAAUGGAUCAGUCACUGGCACCUCGCCCACGGACCUUGCCGAAUGCCACCGUCUGCUAGCCAAAUGCUAUCUGAAGCAGGGUGACUGGCAACAAGAACUCAACGACGGCGAAUGGGAUCAUGAGUUUGUGCAUGAGAUUCUCGCCGCCUAUGCCGCCGCCACACGCUACAACAAGGACUGGUACAAGGCAUGGCAUGCGUGGGCACUUGCUAACUUUGAAGUCAUCAACUCCAUCACAUCUAAGUCUGACCGGGAGGCCACCGACGUGCCUCAUAACAUUAUUCACGAUCAUGUGAUCCCGGCUAUCCAAGGCUUCUUCAAAUCCAUUGCACUGUCAUCAACCAGUUCACUACAAGAUACGCUGAGGCUGCUCACCCUGUGGUUCAGCUAUGGCGGUAGAGAGGGAGUCAACCGCACCAUCACGGAGGGCACAAAGUCGGUUCCAAUCGAUACUUGGCUUGAGGUCAUCCCGCAACUGCUUGCCCGAAUCAAUCAGCCCAACGCUGUCGUCCGGCAAUCCAUACACCAGCUCCUCAUCGAAGUCGGGAAAGCACAUCCCCAAGCCUUGGUUUUCCCAUUGACUGUCUCUAUGAAAUCCGAUGUCUCACGACGUCAGCGAUCGGCAAAGGAGCUUAUGGAAGCUAUGCGCGAACACUCGCCACGGCUGGUUGAGCAAGCCGAUCUUGUCAGUCAUGAGCUGAUUCGUAUUGCUGUCUUGUGGCAUGAACAAUGGCACGAGGGUCUCGAGGAGGCCAGUCGAUUGUACUUUGGCGACCACAACAUAGACGGCAUGUUCGCCACACUGGCACCCCUACACGCAAUGCUCGACAAGGGCCCUGAAACACUCCGCGAAAUCUCGUUCAUCCAGUCUUUUGGUCGUGAACUCCAGGAGGCCCGUGACUGGUGCAACACAUUCAGGACCUCCGGUGAAAUAGGUGAUCUUAAUCAAGCGUGGGAUCUCUACUACCAGGUGUUCCGCAAGAUUGCGCGACAACUACCUUCCUUGAUGACGCUCGAGUUGCAGUAUGUCUCGCCCAAACUCAAGGAAGCGCAUGAUCUUGAGCUCGCGGUUCCUGGAACCUACCAGGUUGGUAAGCCUGUUAUCCGAAUCAUCUCCUUCGAUCCGGUCGCGACUGUCAUCCAGUCCAAACAGCGACCUAGGAAACUGGAAAUGCGUGGCAGCGACGGCAAAGCACACACCCACAUUCUCAAAGGACACGAAGAUAUUCGACAAGAUGAACGUGUCAUGCAACUCUUUGGUCUCUGCAAUACCCUGCUCUCCAACGACGUGGAGUCGCGCAAGCGUCACCUUAACAUUCAACGAUAUGCUGCCGUUCCGCUUAGUACGCAGUCUGGUUUGCUUGGUUUCGUCCCUAAUAGUGACACGCUGCACGUACUCAUCCGAGAGUACCGAGACAGUCGGAAGAUUCUGCUUAACAUUGAGCACCGUAUCAUGUUGCAGAUGGCGCCUGACUACGAUUGUCUCACUCUCAUGCAAAAGGUGGAAGUGUUCGGUUACGCCCUUGAUAAUACGACGGGUCAAGAUCUGUACCGCGUCCUCUGGCUGAAAUCUAAAUCUUCGGAAGCCUGGCUUGAUCGCCGUACCAACUACACGCGUUCGCUUGCUGUCAUGUCCAUGGUCGGAUACAUUCUCGGCCUGGGAGAUCGCCACCCAAGUAACUUGAUGUUGGACCGAGUUACCGGCAAGAUUAUUCACAUCGAUUUCGGAGAUUGUUUCGAGGUGGCCAUGCACCGUGAGAAGUAUCCUGAACGUGUGCCAUUCCGUCUCACGCGCAUGUUGACAUAUGCCAUGGAAGUGAGCAAUAUCGAGGGUAGCUACCGAACCACUUGCGAACAUGUCAUGCGGGUACUACGAAGCAACAAGGAGAGUGUCAUGGCGGUUCUUGAAGCUUUCAUACACGAUCCUCUCCUAACUUGGCGCCUAAACCACCGCGAUGCGUCCCCCGUGGAGCCCAACUACCCGUCUGAACGCCGCCAAUCCAUCAUGGGUGCUGACACCGCCGCCGCAACCACCGACCCACACCAAAUGUCCAGCAUCGUUGGUCGCCCCCGCCACCGCUCCUCUGUUGCCCCUCCUCAAAACAACGAGGCCGAUGCCAAGGAAGUCCAGAACGCGCGUGCCUUGCAAGUCCUGAGCCGCGUCAAGGAAAAGCUAACCGGUCGUGAUUUCGGCAAGGGCGAGGAAUUGAAGACGGAGAUGCAGGUCGAUCGACUCAUUAAAGAAGCAACUAACUUGGAGAAUCUAUGCCAGCAUUAUAUCGGUUGGUGCAGUUUCUGGUAG